UGACACUUCUUCUUGCCUUUCAUGCAAGUGAUCGUAUUUUAUAUGAGAAGAAAUGUUAAAUUUUCCUAUUAGCUUCACAGAACUGUUGGUUGUGUUUUGAAUCUUGUAUUUCACUGACAAACAUUUUGCUUCUGAAGCUAAGCAGUACACUGUACAUAUACUACCGUCAGAGGCACAGUUUAGCCCCACAAUGCCAAAUUCUGCAAGAUAUGGAGGUUACCAAUAUAGAAGCAGAUUGUCUCCAGGCUCAAUAUUGGAAAGCAUAGAGAGAAGAUUUUCAAGUGUUUCUGAUUGGUUUAGAGGAAUAAGUAUAAUCUCUGGCUUCAAGCAUUCAGAUGAUCAGUCAGUAAAGAAACGAAAAUUUUGGAAGAAAAUUCUUGAUCCAAAUAAGCCAUUUCUUCAGCAAUGGAACAAGAUAUUUGUGCUCUCCUCUGUCAUAGCAGUAGCCGUGGAUCCUCUCUUCUUUUACGUCUCAAGGAUCGAUAAAGAACUUUAUUGCCUAACCUUGGACCGACAACUGAUCAUCAUUGCUUGUGUUCUUCGCACAUUCUUCGACUUAUUUUAUAUACUUCACAUAAUCUUUGAAUUUCGAACCAGUUUUCUUCCUCCUUCUUUACCGGUUUUUGGAAGUGGUGAGUUAAUCAAAGAUCCAGCAAAAAUAGCAAAGAAAUAUCUCUCCUCAAACUUCUUGAUCGAUAUCUUAUCCAUUCUCCCACUGCCUCAGCUUUUGGUAUUAGCAAUCUUACCUGCAGCGAAAAGCUAUACUCUCGCGAAGUCAAGGAACUUCCUGAACACUGCAAAUAUUUUGCAAUAUAUUCCAAGAAUUUUUCGAAUCUAUCCACUCUAUAGAGAAGUAACCAGAACUUCUGGCAUACUGACGGAAACAGCUUGGAGUGGAGCUGCUUUCAAUCUUCUCAUCUAUAUACAAGCUGGUCAUGUAGUUGGUGCCGCUUGGUAUUCGUUAUCAAUCAAACGACAGAUCAGAUGUUGGUUCAACGAAUGCAAGAACGAUAAGAUCUGCAUCCACAAUUUUCUGUACUGUGAAGAUCCAAAAGGACAACCAAACUCAACUUUAAAUGAGUAUUGCUCUCCUAGAAAGUUGGAAGAUGGAAAACACUUCGAGUUUGGGAUGUUUGAUCAAGCCAUUAAGUUUCAAUUAACGACGACAGAGAAUUUUUGCCGGAAAUUAUUCUAUUCCUUCUGGUGGGCUUUGCAAAAUGUCAGCUCUAGUGGACAAAACCUUAAAGUAAGCAAGUACAUGGAGGAGGUUUUUUUUUCUGUCUUCAUCGCCAUCCUUGGUUUGGUUUUAUUUGCGUUACUCAUUAGUAACAUUCAGAAAUACCUGCAGUCGGCAACUGUUAAAAUAGAGCAGAUGAGAAUUAACCGAAGAGAUGCCGAGCAUUGGAUGGCACAUCGUAUGCUCCCAGAGGAGUUGAGGCGACGUAUUCGGCGAUAUGAUCAGUACAAAUGGCAGCUAAAUAGGGGAGUUAAGGAAGAGGAACUCAUCAGUAACCUUCCUAAAGACCUUAUGAGAGACAUCAAACAACACCUUUGCUUGGCCCAUCUUAAGAAAGUGCCACUUUUUAGCAGCAUGGACAAACAACUGUUAGACUCGAUGUGUGAAUAUCUCAAGCCUGUGUUAUUUACAAAGAAGAGCUUCAUUCUGCAAGAGGGUGACACAAUUGAUAUGAUGCUAUUUAUCAUGAAAGGAGAGCUGGCUACCCUUACUAAUUGUGGUUGGAAAGAUAACCUGUACUUGGGUACUCUUAAAGCUGGUGACUUUUGUGGUGAAGAGCUAGUUCAGUGGGCAAUGGAUCCCAGCUCCACUUGUCUUCCCAUUUCAAAUAGAACAAUUAAAACUCUUACUGAGGUUGAAGCCUUUGCUCUAAAGUCUAAUGAGCUGGAAUCUGUAACUAGUCAGUUCCGCUACCAGCGUCUCAAUAGCAAGCAGUUCCAACUCUCAGUGAGGUUCUAUUCUCAUCAAUGGAGAGUUUGGGCAGCCUACAAAAUACAAGAAGCUUGGGAGGAUUACCGUGAAAGAAAGCGGAGGGGAGGUGGAGAUGGCAGGUUUCAAGAUGCAUUAGCUAAAAUAUUUGGCUCCUCCGCGAGCUUUAGGGCCACUCUGUAUGCAUCCAUAUUCAUAUCCUAUCUACUGCAAGCUGUGCAGCGAGAUCAACCCCAGCAAACUCCCCAAAUCACACGAGUGACAAAUCUAUCGGCGCCUCCGAAGCCAAAUGAUCAUCAUAACAAGCCAAACUUCCCCAGCUUGGAUCUUUAAACUGUGUUGUUUCAAGCUUUUUAACAUUCUAUGUUCUGAGUUUUUAGUGCUUGGUUUCUCCGUGUGAUAAGUAAAUAAUGUAUGAUAAUCAACGUAAUGCUCUUGCUCUUGCUAUUGGUUUCACUUUCAUUUUCUCUA